GGGGCUUGGCUUCGCCGGCUCCCUCACAGCCGGGCCCGCAGACCUCCCGUCGGGAAGGUGGUGUUCCCCUGUCGCCUCUUUGCGGUCCAGAGGUGUCUGGAUCGCUCCAUCGCUCACUGCGGCCUAACGUCAUCUUAAGGGGCUGGUUUACUCCGGGUGCAGUGGGGCAGUGCUGUCCUCCGGGGGCUGUGGGUGGCCAGGCAGCAGCUGGAUGUGGGCGAGCGUUCGCCGUGCUGGGGAGAGCCCUGCGUCGGCUAAGCUGGAGUGGAGAACAACUGCAGGAUGACCAUGCUGAUCUGUCUUUUCAGACAGGUCUGAGAGGUGUCCUUCAGGACUACCACAGGAAAAGACAACUGAAAUCCAGUAGUACCUUGCCUGUCUCUCUGACUGAAAUGAAAAGCAACAUGUUCACUGUGAAGAGACCUUUCAGCACUUCACACUCAUCAGUGGAUUCAAAGGAAAUUAAAAAAUUCCAGCUCCUUGCACAUAAGUGGUGGGAUGAAGAAGGAGAAUAUGCAGCCCUUCAUUCUAUGAAUGAUAUUAGAGUGCCAUUUAUUAGAGAUACUCUGUUGAGCAUGAGUAGUAAUUAUCAUCUGGGAAAUCCACUUUCUGGAAUCAAGAUUCUUGAUGUGGGCUGCGGUGGAGGACUGCUGAGUGAGCCUUUAGGUAGACUGGGAGCUUCAGUUACUGGAAUUGAUCCUGUGGAGGACAACAUUAGAACAGCAGAUCAGCACAAGUCAUUUGAUCCAGUGCUGGCCAAGAGAAUACAGUACAAGUGCAGUUCACUGGAGGAGAUUGUGGAGGAGUCUAUGGAAACCUUUGAUGUAAUUGUAGCUUCUGAAGUAGUGGAGCAUGUGGCUGACCUUGAAACGUUUAUCAAGUGUUGCUCUCAGGUGUUAAAGCCCGAAGGUUCUUUAUUCAUUACGACAAUCAAUAAAACACAAUUGUCCUAUGUCCUGGGAAUUGUGGUUGCAGAAAAAAUAAUGGGGAUUGUACCAGAAGGAACACAUGAAUGGGAGAAAUUUGUUCCCCCUGAAGAGCUGGAGCGCCUCCUGGAAUCAAAUGGCUUUGCAGUCAAGACCAUGAGUGGGAUGUUGUAUAAUCCGCUCUCAGGCUCCUGGAGCUGGAUGGAGAGCACGGGCCUGAACUACGCAGUGCACGCAGUGAAGGCUGGGGCUUGGGCGCAGUCACAUGCCACAGACACCCCGCCAGAGACAGACAUCCAGCAGCACUCAGCCACAGCUGGUACAGCUGGCACUGUCCCACACGGCACUGUCUGACAUGGGUGGUGAUGGACUGUCACCAGAACAGAAAAUGAGCUUCUACUCAGAUGGACACAAUAAAACCUUUGCUAGCAACAAGCUUCCUGUUUGCAUCAAUAAUACUUGUGCUAUUUUUGGCCAAAUAUUUAGGGUCUCAAAAAAAUCAACUGCUCACUAUCUCAGGAAUCUUUUAAGAUUGAAAUGAGCAAAGCUCUUAAAGAAUAAGUAUUUUCAUGAGAAAGGAGUUUCAAAUUGUUGGACAGGGAAAUGCAAAUUAUUCUCUUGGUAGCUUGGAGGAAGCUUUAUUAUGUGUCCUGCUGGGAUUCAGAUCUCCAUAGAAUAAUGGCGUAGAUGUAGAGUGAAUUAAAAACCACAAUGCUGUACAAUAAAAAAAAUGCCUUAAGUAUUUAAAAUACUCAACUCUGUAAAAAUAUAUGAAACACUUAAGAUCUACAAACACUUUUUUCUGUAAUACACCUUUCUCCCUGAGGAGGGGAAACAAAAUAGCAAACCUUUACUGUUGAGUCCUGCUGUUUCUGCAGUUGAUAUGAAGUAACUGUGAAAUGGAAGAGUCUCUGAGACCAGAGUGCCUCAGCUAUCGAAGCCCCUUCACCAUAAAGAUAUUUGUACCUGUGCCUAUUUAACUUUUUUUCCUCUGCCCAAAUAAAGAGAAGCUGCAGGUAAAAUUUUACUAAGCAACCAAGGCUCCAUGCUGGAAGAAUGACACAUUAGCAGUCUGUUCUGUAACUGUGGUGCCAUACCUAUUUAUUCUUAGUGUUCUAGAGCCUGGGAAAGGAAAAGCCAUUUACAAUGAAACAGAACUUUCUAGAUAAAAUGUCAUGUGUGUGUGUAUAUGACUGCAUUUCUUUCCUUUUUUUCUCCUCUUUCUUUCAGCUUGUACAGAAGUAGAAAGGUAUCUUAUAUUUGUUUGCAGGGAUGAAAAUGAAAUUUUUUUUCUCCUCCUUCUUUUUCGCCAUUUUAGUUGUUUGUGCAUUUCUCCUACUGCAGAGGUGUGGACUGAAUUAGUUUUUUACACAUUUGCAUUCUUCCUGCUUUGCUGUAUCUGCAUGCUGCCUUCAGAUCCAAGUUUCCUGAUGGAUUUGGUGAUGCCCAAAAGAAUAUAGUUAAUUUAUAAUGGAAAAAAUAGUAAUUCAUAGCUGACCAAGAUUAAGAAGUAGAAUCUGGUGUGAUUGCUUCAUAAUAGUUCUGUGUGUGGGCUAUGGCUUGAGAAGAAGAUUCAUCAUCAUGUUAAGAGUUCAGUGAUGGAGAAGCCACUACACCAGUAAAAUAGUUCCAAAGGUUUAUCAGUUGAAGUGGUUUUACCUUGGAACUUCACCAGUGAUGUUUUAACAUCUUCAUUUUUACACUUAAGUAGCUCUAUGAGCUGCAGUUUUGAGUUGUGACUCCUUAAUUUUCUGUUAGAUUAGUGGUCUGAGAUUAUCUCUACAGCAUUUACCACUACAUGUGAGUUUCUGAAUUCACAUAAAGUUUUGUGGUAAACGUUUCUGGAGCAUGGCAGUGGAACUGGCUGCAACAUUUAAUUAAUGGUUUCUCUAAUGCUGUCCACAAGAGGAAUAAUUCCCUGUCUGCCCUUCUUUUGCAAAGGAGUCUCUGCUCCAUUGGUCAUGCAUGCAGUAUGGUGCGCUGUGUUUAGGAGAGGAGUGAUGCUGGAAUAAAAUGUGGAGUCAAGAGAACCAGUGGGUCUUUCCUCCUAACUGUGUUCAGGCAUGUGAAACCAUGUGGCUCCAGUGAGUUCCCCUAACCAACCUGCCAACAUCAAUCUAAGCUAAUGCAAUCGUUUGACUCUUGUUUCAAAUUUUGCCAACAGCUCUGAAAAGCACUGAGACCUGGACAGAUUCUUGAGGUAGCCAAUAAGAGGCAGUCCCCCCUCCACUGAUUUGUUUUGAGACUGUUUUGAGUCAAGUGAAAUAAAAAUAAUAUUAUAAAACUGGCA